AUGCCUGAAAAUAAUGAUGGUGCCAAAGUCUGCGCAGAAAAACAUGGGGAUAAUUGUAAUGAUGGGUCAGCUGGUUGCAUAAAUAAUGAGAUCAACAAUGGUGCUGAAGGAGAUGGGAUAGACAUAAACAUGUGUAUGAUGCGUCUGCAAGGAUGUGUAACUCGUAGUAGGCGAAGAGCCAGUGUCGUCUUGCUGCGUUUGUAUCAUCAUGGUUCGGGAAAUUCCUCCUUUGUGACUUUUCCCAAGAUUGUCUGCAUGCACAGGGGUAGACAAUGCCCUGCUCCUUCUAGCAGUGCUGCCUCAUACUCAUCCUUUUCUCGGAACAUCCAACAUAGCUGCCGGCACUGCCCUGCACCUUCCAGCAAUGCUGCCUCCUACUCAUUCUCUUCUCAGAACAUGCGACAUAGCUGCCGGCGCUGCCUUGCAUCUUCCAGCGUGCUGCCUUCUACUUCUCCUCUUCUCGGAACAUCCAACAUAGCUGCCGGCACUGCCCUGCACCUUCCAGCAGUGCUGGCUCCUACUCAUUCUCUUCUCAAAACAUGCAACAUAGCUGCCGGCGCUGCCUUCUACUUCUCCUCUUCUCGGAACAUCCAACAUAGCUGCCGGCACUGCCCUGCACCUUCCGGCAGUGCUGCCUCCUACUCAUCCUCUUCUCAGAACAUGCGACAUAGCUGCCGGCGCUGCCCUGCACCUUCCAGCAGUGCUGCCUCCUACUCAUCCUCUUCUCAGAACAUGCGACAUAGCUGCCAGCGCUGCCUUGCAUCUUCCAGCGUGUUGCCUCCUUUUAUUUCGCAGGAUGUAGUAAUCUCCGGCAUGUGUAACCUUGUUUUUGCGAUGGCUGUGUACUUUUCAGAUAAUCUAACGACUAUGUCAUUAUGA